AUGCCGCCACCAAUCGACCCUGAAGAAUCUUCCGGAGACACCAUGAACUCCUCAAAUGCAGAAACGAGUACGAGCAGUGCGGAUAACGGAACCCUCGAGACAACGACAGAUUCGAAUCGACCAGAUCCUCCCCGUCGCCCACCGAAUCCUCCGCCACCACCACCACCAACGAUGCCUCCAAAACCACCACCACCACCACCGACUGGAUUAGGAUCGUGCCUCACCUGCUGCAGCUCUCGAAAAAAGAUAAUUGCACCGGUGACCAGUGUGGCGACGAGCUCCACUAAUAAUAAUCGAGUCCAGCCAUUCCCAUCGAACAGCAAAACCACCAACCGCCAGCCUAAGCUGGCUCAACCAUCCACCACUACAGCACACAGCCAACAUAAUAUUGAGUCGAGUGCCUCAGCAACUUCAGACAUUAGCUUCGGAUUUUUGUUGUGCGGGCGACUGUCGUUUACGACACAAGUCAAUAACAGAGUCAACGUAUGCGGUGGCUCCGAAUUAACCCCUGGCGACAUGGCCCGCAAGAACAGUCUCAUCAACCGACAACUCGAAAAAGAUAAGCUCGAAAUGAAGCGAACGCUGAAAAUCUUAUUACUCGGCGGCCCGGAAUGCGGCAAAUCCACAAUAUUUAAACAGAUGCGUAUCAUUCAUAUGAGCGGAUUCUCCGACUUGGACUAUGUCAAUUUUCGAUAUCUAAUCUACAGUAAUAUCAUGCAAGCGAUGGAUCAGUUGCUGGAAGCGGCGGAGAUGCUCAACUUCCCCGCCGAUGACUCACCCUCUAUUAGAAGGGCAUUGAAUCACUACAGAUCUUAUAAAGUGCGGUAUAGCAUGUCGGAGGUGGAGCUUAACAGAGAGUUGACGGAUUCCUUGGCGAAGCUUUACAACUCGGAAUUCAUCAAAGCCGUGUUAAACAAGAAGAAUGAGAUCACCUUGCUAGAUUCUGCGACAUACUUUCUCGACGACCUGGACCGCAUAUCAGCACACGAGUACAAGCCGACAGAGAUGGAUGUUCUGAAGGCACGGGUUCCGACGACGGGUAUCACAGAAAUCGAGUUUCCGUUCAGGGAGGCGACUUUGAGAAUGGUUGAUGUUGGUGGUCAACGAUCGGAGCAGAGGAAAUGGAUCCACUGUUUCGACAACGUGAACGGUGUGCUCUUCAUCGCGGCGAUCUCCGACUACAACCUUUACACCGACGACGAGGAGAGCCGCACCGAGAACGGAGAGCCCGUGAAAAUCAACCGACUCCGCUACUCAAUGGAACUCUUCAAACGGAUAGCCAACCAUCAGUGCUUCAGCAAAAAGACCGCCAUGAUCUUGUUCCUCAACAAGAUUGACAUAUUUAAGGAUAAAGUCGCCAAGUACCCACUGACGACGUGCUUUAAGAAUUACAAGGGCGCAAACACCCUUGGGCCGUCUGCCAAGUACGUGACGGAUCGAUUUACCCGGUUGGUCAGUGGCGAUAUCCAACACGAGAAACCCGUCUACUCCCACCACACAAAUGCGACGGACACCCGAAAUAUCGAUCGGGUGUUCGACAGUUGCAUGGACGUCGUCUUCAAGAUCUCCAUGGAGAAAGUGGGAUUCAUGUGA